AUGAACGGCGUUUCGGGUAGAGAGUUGAAUGGCUUCAAUGGGCGGCCACAAAUGCCCAGCCCUUUGAGUGCUCCCAAGGGUCAGGCUCUAGUCGACAGAUAUAGGCAGGAUGCUUUGAAUGAUUUCCAGCCCGAAAACCCGCGCUUUAACCCUAUGAAUGCCGACAGAAUGCAGAGUUCGGUCCUUGUAGACCUCAAGGACCCUGUACAGGUACAUCUGCUCACAGAGACCGCUCUGUACGACAGCAGGGAAUAUGAGAUCCUUUCUCAAGAAGAGGUAGACGACCUGAAGAAACAAGUCCGAAUGCUGUCCCAGAUGAUCGAUCAGACGCGAUCAAACCUGGCCGUACAGUCAAAAUACCGAGAUGCCGCCAUUUCCAUGGCCCGCCUGUACUCACCCGCCUCGGGGAAGCGGAGAAGCCUGCUUGGGAACCGCAACAGUAGUAGUAGUUCUGCGUCGGAGGUUGAAGCAGAGCGUGACGCCAUACAAAAGAGGUGUGAGGAGCUCGCCUCAGAACUCUGGGUUCUGGAGAGACGGAUCAUAGAGCCACAAAGGAGAUUGCUGGAACACACGGCCGGCAUCCUGCAGAUGACACACAAAGCCCCUAGCAAGAACAAGAACAGGGGAACACGGACGCCGAGAGCCCCUCUCGUCAACGGCAUCCCAGCAAGUCCAGAGAGCAUGUACACCUCAAACGGUAGGAACAGCAUGGAACCAGAUGACGUGCCUCUCUUUGAAGAUGAUUCCUGGAACCGAUCUUUCGACGAUGCGUUCAACAGUACUCGCGCCCCUCCAAACAUCAUUGAAAUACCCCUCAAGUCACCUGUUCGAGAACAACAUAAACAGCUCACUGAGGAAACGGAAAGGUUGCGCGACGAAAACUAUUCACUACAGCAGGAAACGGGUUCUCUGAGGCGACAAAAUGCAUCCCUCAGUGCAGAGUUGGAGGAGCUCAAGCAGGAGGGAACGAACCAGUGGCGCUUGAUUUCCGAUACAGAACGAAAACUAGAAACAUUCAACGACCAGUUACGACAGGUGGUUGUGAGGACAGAUCCAGUGAAAAACGGCAACUAUAGCAAUCCCCCUUCUGGCCAACUUGAGCCUGGCGACUUGCUCAACAGUCAUCUCGAUUACCUUGAGAAGGCAGUCGUGCUCAUUGGAGAGGGGACAGGAAAUAGCCGCGAGGCUACGGAGGCGGUCAACGAUCUUGGUGCUCGGGUUCGAGAUUUACUUUCCCAAACAAGCACAUACCCAGACCCACCAGUGUCUGAUGCUGGAUUUGAUGAGCAGAUUCAAUACAUGCAUCAGGCGCUAUCGGCGUUUGAGUCAGUACUUCAGACGGCCAACGAGAAAUCCUUGGCUGGUGCUGCUGAUAGGCAGAAGGGCGAGCAAAAUGAUGCAAUUCUGAUGGGGCUAUGGGACAUCAUCCAGGCAGGCUACGCUGAUAUUCAAGCGCAAAAUCAGGAUAGGAGAGCAACUCGUAUUGACAAAGGUCUCCGAGUUGAAGACGAUGACAUGUCAGACACAGAAGGCCCCUUCGAUCCUGACGAGACGUAUUCUCUCAGCGCCUUCUCCACCAAAGUCCAGUGGCUGUAUGCUGAGGCCACGAAGCUCAAGGAGCAGAAGGCCGUGCUUAAAAGACAGAUCAAGCAGCAACGCGAGCUAAACAACAAGUCGGACAGUGAGAAGGAUGAUGCGCUUAGCGCCAAGGCAGCCGAGCUCGAGGAAUCUCGCAUGGCCCUUGACCGUGUAGAGAAGGAUGCCCACGAUGUUCGUCGACAGUUGUCUGAAGCGCUUGCCAAUUACGAAACUCACCAAAGCAACCUGGCGCGAUCUGGCGAAGAGCAAUCCACGGCUGCUAAGAAGGCACAAGACGCUGCCAAAGAAGCACAGAGUCAGCUUAAGGAACGCAACGCUCAGGUUUCGGCACUUGAGGCCAGCACGAAGGACAUGCAGAUGCGCCUCUCCGCGGCAGAAGCAAAUAUUGCCAUGAUCACCGCCCAACUCCAACAGGCCAACAACGCUAGGGACGAGGCCGACAAGCUAGUCUUAAAUAAGGAGCGAGAGAUCAAAGACAAACAGGACGAACUUGACGAGACGAUUGGCCAGCUCGCAGAAUUCAAGAUCGAGGCAACACUCGCUAAAGCCGAGCUCGAUGGUGCCUAUGGUAGUCGUCGUGAGCGUGCUGCCGAUGCCGCGGCCUUAUACAACGGCGCUGAGACAGCCAAAUUGCAGGCCAGAGUCGAUAGAUUGCAACCCCGUAUCAACCAGCUAGAAAAGGAGCUCGAGGGUACUGUCUCUGAUCUCAAGGACAUCACCAAACAGGCUAUAGAGGCUGAAACGAAGAUUGCUGAACUCGAGUCUGAACUCGAUAAGGCUAACCAGCGAGCUCGGAAAGACAAGGAACAACUUCAAGAUGCGCUUGACCAAGAGAAGCUCAAGGCUACAUCCAUGCCACUGUCGCCAAGUGGACGGCCCAACGCAAGCAUCCUAACUGAUUCAUACAGAGAUGCAUUGAGGUCUGAGCGUAAGAAACACGAGGAGCAGCUUAGGAACGAACAAAUGAACAGGAGGAAGAUCGAGGAAGAACUUAGACAACUGAGAAGAGCAAUGGGUCCAGGCAAAAGCCCAUUGAGCCCAAGGUGA